CCUGCGCGGGGCGGAUUCUCGCUGCGGCCGGCCUGAGGAGCGGCUGCGUCCUUCCUCACUGCGCCUGCGCGAGAGGCCUUCCUCCCGCCCGGCGGCCAGAAAAAGGAAAACGGGGCCGCCGCUGAGAGCAAAACGACGGAGGAGGCGAAGGAGAAGGAAGAGGAAGACAUCCUCCCUUCCGUCGUCAGGGGCGAAUCGAGAGACUACUUUUACUUCUAAUCCAUCGUGCUCUUUUGUCCUCGGAAGCGCCUGAAAGCUGGCUGGCUUCUUUCCAGAGCCAUGGCCACGGAAGAGAAGAAACCCGAUGCAGAGUCGACCAAAACACAAUCCACGCCUUCCUCUUCGACCAACCAAACCAAGACUGCCCCUGUAAAGCCAAACUACGCCCUGAAGUUCACAUUGGCGGGACACACAAAAGCUGUCUCAUCUGUCAAAUUCAGUCCCAACGGGGAGUGGUUGGCCAGUUCGUCUGCUGACAAGCUUAUUAAAAUUUGGGGCGCGUAUGACGGCAAAUUUGAAAAAACCAUAUCUGGCCACAAACUGGGAAUUUCUGAUGUCGCUUGGUCCUCCGACUCCAACCUCCUUGUCUCUGCAUCAGAUGACAAAACGCUCAAAAUCUGGGAUGUGAGCUCGGGAAAAUGCUUAAAGACCCUGAAAGGGCACAGCAACUACGUCUUCUGUUGCAACUUCAACCCCCAGUCGAACCUCAUCGUCUCCGGAUCGUUCGAUGAAAGCGUGAGAAUAUGGGACGUCAAGACGGGGAAGUGCCUAAAAACCCUGCCGGCUCAUUCUGACCCAGUUUCAGCUGUGCACUUCAAUCGCGACGGCUCUCUGAUCGUGUCGAGUAGCUACGAUGGCCUUUGUCGAAUCUGGGAUACCGCCUCAGGCCAGUGUUUGAAAACAUUGAUUGACGAUGACAAUCCGCCGGUGUCCUUUGUGAAGUUCUCUCCCAACGGGAAAUACAUCUUAGCUGCAACUUUGGAUAACACUCUCAAACUUUGGGACUACAGCAAAGGAAAGUGCCUAAAGACCUACACAGGCCACAAGAACGAAAAGUACUGCAUCUUUGCCAAUUUCUCGGUUACUGGUGGAAAGUGGAUCGUGUCUGGUUCCGAGGACAACCUGGUUUACAUUUGGAACCUGCAAACGAAAGAGAUCGUACAGAAGCUGCAAGGACACACAGAUGUGGUGAUCUCGACCGCCUGCCACCCUACGGACAACAUCAUCGCCUCCGCGGCCCUAGAAAACGACAAAACCAUCAAGCUUUGGAAGAGCGACUGUUAAGAGCGACGCGCUGGGGGUCGCCGACACCACUUUAGAGACUGUUGGGGGCGGGAGGGGGUUCGCCUGGUCGGAAUUAGGGGCUUAUUUUGUGUUUCCGGUCUUUUGUUUUGUUUGGUUUUUUUUUUACAAAAAAAAAGAGAGAGAAAACCCACAUACGAGUGAACUCCCAUCGGAGGCCUGACUUGGGGAAUAAAAAAACAACACUGCUUUCCUUUCCAUCCUUCCUAUGUUGGUCAAUUGGGCAUGUCUCCCUUGAGCCUUGCAACAAUUCCGUUUUCAGAGGAUGCACAUUCUUCCAAAAGACGCUUUCGUUCGCACCUCAAAGUGGUCCAUGAAGCCUCGUCGGGGUUUAUUAUUAUUAUUUUCCUAAUGUGACCAAAUGAGGUUUCUGACUCUUUUUCUUCCUUGCGUUUCCUCCCAUCUUUGUGCGCUCUAGCCUUCGCUAUCACCGUCAAAAGUCUGUCUGGCUUUUCCUUCCUCUAGUAUCUGAAGCUCUGCAAACUUCCUUGCUUUGUGGCUCUUUCCAUAUAUAUUUUUCAAUCUCUCGAUCACACAAAAACCUGUACAGUUUAUUCCAGUGUAUAAAACUAAACCGAACCUUUUUUUCAAUUAUUAUUAUUAUUGUACGGACUUGUGUUGCUUUAUGGUAUGACUGUAAACGUUUUCACAGUCCUCCUCCUUUUUUCCCCGCGUUGGCAGCAUUUCACACGCCCGAACCGGUGACCUUAGUAUUGCAUUAUAAAUAAAACAGGUGGGAUUUUUAUUA